CCCAUUUUAUGCCUAAAAAACAGGAAGAAACCCAGGUCAGCAAGGUCGCUGGAGGUGCGUUCCACGAAUAAGUAGUUCGUGAGCUAAAACUUUGGCUCGAGUUCGGCUACAAUCUUGAGCGGGCCGCGAAUCAGAGAAGCAAGAGGACUCCUUUGCAAGAAUUCGCUCUCCGCCUCCCUGUUUCUCGGUAUCUCUCUCACUUCCCUCCCCGCUCUCGCUUGCGAGGUAAAAGAUGAGCACCGGUGGUGAUGACGCUUCGACGAUUCCACCCAACAUGACCAUCUACAUCAACAACCUCAACGAGAAGAUCAAAAUGGAUGAACUUAAAAAAUCCCUGCAUGCUGUUUUUUCACAAUUUGGGAAGAUAUUGGAGGUGCUUGCUUUUAAGACGCUGAAACAUAAAGGACAGGCAUGGGUUGUCUUUAAGGAUGUUUCAUCAGCAUCUGAGGCACUCAAACGGAUGCAAGGAUUUCCAUUCUAUGACAAGCCCAUGAGAAUUCAGUAUGCGAAGACCAAGUCAGAUAUAAUAGCAAAAGCUGAUGGUACUUUUGUCCCUCGCGAAAGACGGAAGAGGCAUGAAGAAAGAGCUGAAAGAAAGCGGCGGGAGCAACAGCUUGAUGCUGCCCAAACUGGAUCUGGUCCCUAUGGAGCUACACCACCUCUUUCUCAAUUGCCUUAUCCUGGAGGGGCUAAGUCGAUGAUUCCUGAAGCACCAGCACUGCCAAACAACAUACUGUUUGUUCAGAAUCUUCCCCAUGAGACUACUCCCAUGAUGCUGCAAAUGCUCUUCUGUCAGUAUCCUGGUUUUAAGGAGGUUAGAAUGGUAGAUGCAAAGCCUGGAAUUGCUUUCGUGGAGUAUGGAGAUGAGAUGCAGGGUACACUUGCCAUGCAAGGUCUUCAGGGUUUCAAGAUUACACAACAGAAUCCUAUGCUUAUCACAUAUGCAAAGAAGUAGGCUAUGUGCGAAUUUGUGGUCUGUUUCAAUAGGUUUUUCUAUUGAUGCAGCUUUAAGAAGGGUGCUUCUUCAGUCUGAGAAGUUUUGGAUGUUCCAUUUUAAUUUAACAUGUUAAUGUAGUAUCCAAGGGGGAAUUACAUUAUGUUGAACUUUCUCAUUCUCAACACUGACCAAUUCUCUUCAAACAUUGGCUUGUUAUCCAUAGAUCUUUUCCCAGGCCUCUGUUUGUUAGCUUCUCUUCUAAAUGGUGUUGGCUUCUCUUCUCUUCUCUUCAGAGUUUUCUCACAUACAAUGGACCUCUGACAUCAGCAGGCAUGUUAUUCUGUGAUGCCAGAAUCAUAUUUUGAUUUUUGAUCAGCAUGGAGGUGUUGAUCUGGAUGUAAUUUGUCAUACGCAACAUUGCCAUCAUAGAAUAUCUGGCAGUCUCUCAAUCUUUGGCUAUAAUAUUCCUCAUU